AUGUUCCGCUUGCAUCGAUUUUGGAAGAAAACACAAAGCAUUUACGAUUGCUGUCGGCUGUUGUGUCAAAUACAAUUCGUGCUCGGUUGCAGUGGCAUAAGAAGUCGCUCGGACAAAUAUGUUUGUGAUUGGAUAUCGUUGAGCUACACAGCCUUAGCUAUGGGCUGUGUUCUGUCAACUUUGGGAUUAGCUGCCUUUGUGAAAUUUCAAGAUCCCUAUUUGGUGGAAAUGGAUAGUUUAAUUAAAUCCAUUAUUUAUUUGGAGCUUGGCAUGUCAUUGUUUAUGUAUGUGACAACGGCCACAACAAUGGUGGCGGAGGCCAAAACGCAUCUAAAGUUAUAUAAACAAAUCAAUGACUUAGAUCUGGUGCUAAUUCGGGAGUUUGGCUGCAAAAUGAACUACAAAGCUUUGGUAAAGAAAAAUUUACAAUUACUAGGCUUUACAGCCAGCAUUUAUAUCAUUAUCAUAGCCUUGGGUAUCUCGCGUGCAAAAGAUUUGAGAAACAUUGUUCUCAAUCUUCUCUCUGCCCUGGCCUAUAUUUGUAUCACCGGUGGCCCAAACCUCAACUUCUAUAUACAAAUGAAUUUUGCCGAAAUUUUGGCCAUACGUUUUCGUCUUUUACAAAAAUUGCUGCAGGCAAAACCGCCACGUUUGGAGGAGGCCAAAUUGGUGGAACGUUUCCAGAAACUAAUCGAUUUGGUGGAACAAUAUCAUGAUUGCAUUCGCUUGACCAAUCAAAUCUUUGCCAAAAGUCUAAUCAUAAUAAUGCUGCAUGAUUUCACUCUGACCACCAGUGAGCUGUAUUUGAUUUUUGGUGGCUUGACAAGUUCGGGGAGUAGUGCUCUGAUAUAUUUUGUUUUAUUGGGUCUUGUAUUGCCCAUAUACAAAAUGACCGUGGGUCCAGUGUAUUCUGAAAAUGCCAUCAAAGAGGAAGCCAAAUGUUUCAAAAUUAUCCAAGAUUUGGAUUUCCAAUACAAUGGCAGCAGGAAAAUACGUGACAUGGUUGCCAUUUGCCUCACCUGGCGCUGGGACAACAUCGUUGAGUUCAAAAGCGGCAGUAUGCCAUUGAAUAUGGAGACAAUUGCUGGGGUCUAUGUGGAAAUUUUCAAUUACAUCCUCAUUCUAAUACAAUUCCGAAUGACCCAGGAAAUGGGCGAUCAAAUUGAGAAACAAAAGAAUACCAUUCAAGAUUGGAUUGGUGUGGACUAUGUUUAG